GACACGUUCUCUGCGCAUUGCAAGUUUGUUUUGCCUUCAGUGUGAGUUGGGUUAGAAUGGAGUUGGAAAUUGCCAUCUAUUUCCCUCAGAAUUAUGCGGUAAUUCUUAUCCCCGGGAUAAUGUGACCCAACGUGAUUGAAGGACCUUAGAAUGGAGAAAAAUAUGGUCCAAGCAGCAAGUCAGAAAAAGGCUCCAACGUCUUCUGAUGCGAAUUUGAGUAUAGUUUUAAGUUUAAUGUGUCAUACUACUUGCCAUCGACAAGGGGGCGAAACAGAGAAGUUUGCCAAACGGGCCAUCGAAUCUUUGGUGAAAAAGCUGCGUAAAAAAACUGAUGAACUAGAAUCCCUUAUUUCAACCAUAACAACAAAUGGGGCACAGCCUUCCAAAUGCGUUACCAUACAAAGGACUCUAGAUGGGAGACUCCAAGUCUGUGAACGCAAAGGCUUUCCACACGUAAUUUACGCACGUUUGUGGCGAUGGCCUGACAUUCAGAAAAUGGAAAUGAAACAUUUGGAUUUUUGCCGUUUCGGAUACGACCUAAAGUAUGAAAGUGUCUGCGUAAACCCCUACCACUAUGAACGGAUUCGCAGCCCGACCGCUACAAGUAUACCACCACCAUCAUUAAAGGCUAACAGCCCUGAAAAGAGUCCAGAGUCUUCCUUGUCACCCAAGGACUGUCAAAUGUCGCCAUCAGCAUCCUCAUCUUCAUUCGAUAGAGGAAGCCAUUUUUAUGAUACUGUAGCUACAAACUCACACACUAUUGCCUCUCCAAAUAGCAUCCCAUGCUCUGCAGAUCCCUGUCCAAUAAUUGUUCGCAAUUUAUUGUGGCAUUCUGUUUUGCGUCAUCAAAGUGUUGAGGCAGAUAGUUUUAGUAGGAGGGCUAUUGAAUCCCUAGUGAAAAAGUUGAAGAAGAAAUUCUAUGAACUUGACUCACUUAUCAUUGCCAUCACCUCUAAGGGAAGAACAGCAUCUAAAUGUGUGACUGUUCCGCGUACUAUGGAUGGUAGGCUUCAAGUUGGUGAGAAGAAGGACUUUCCUCAUGUAAUCUAUGCAAGGUUAUGGAGGUGGCCCGAUGUUCAUAAGAUGGAAAUGAGGCAUAAGGAGUAUUGUCAGUUUGGGUAUGACUUAAAGAACGAGAAAGUCUGUGUGAAUCCUUACCAUUAUGACAGAGUUCAACCUCCAGAUUGGUUCAAGUCAUCUUUAUAUAGUGCAACUGGGAGGAACUCACAACUAAGUCCUAACAUAUCAUCUGUUGAAGUGCAUAGAAGAACACCUUCGUCCCCAAUGAAGGAGGUUAUUAGUUCACCCUCGAUGGGAAUUCACAGCUAUCACAGUAUGCACUCAGUUAAAAGCCAAGCCACAGACCCCUUCCAUGGUUACCUAGGCCAUCAGCCAUCCAUCCUCUUCAAAAGGAAAAGAGAGAGAAUGGAGUCAAGCAGUUCAUCAGCGACAGGGUCUAGUGAGGAGGAUCAGGAGAUUGAUGUUGAAUUGGAUCCGGAAUCUGGAGGGAAGAAAGGAAAGUUGCUCUCUGAGAGGAUGGACAAGUCCCAGCACAUGCCAAUUCCUUCACAAUCAAUGCUGAAAUGUGCAUUGUGUAACUGCAUUGAGAACAGUGUUCUGGGACAAGGCCGCCUGAUAUGCUUUGGCAGGCUCUCUCCAGCUAAAAGUGAUUCUCUGCAUGCUGAACCCAAUCAUGUGAACAACCAGAUGAAUACAAAUCUCCAACCAAGGCCUGGGAUGGCCCUCCAACGAAACGAUAUCGACAGUAGAUCCAGGUUUCCAUACUGUUCCACCCAAGAAGAUAUUUCAGACGUUGGUUUUGAAGAGGAGCCAGACCUUGCUGCCCUGGCUGACAAAACUGGCCACGUCUGGGUACACGAAAGAUGUGCUGCAUGGACUCUAGCAUCGAUAGCAACAAACUCCUCACCAGGACUAACUAUGGACAUCACAAACCAGAUACUUCCAAAGAGAUGUAAUUACUGUAACCGGUUUGGUGCAAGUAUAAGCUGUGAUGCCAGGGAAUGUGGCAAAGUCUACCAUUACCCCUGUGCACUGGUUUCUGGAAGUUUCCAGGAUGUCAAGACAAUGAAACUUCACUGUACAGACCAUUUGGACCAUGUCAAAGGAAUUGCUCAUUGUGACAAAUGUAAGAUGGGAGGAGACCCAGAACAACUUCUUCUUUGUACGCGUUGUGGUUACCACUAUCAUGGAGACUGCUGUACCCCCCCUGUUCGGCCCACAGAGCAAGUCAGAAAAGGGUGGGAGUGCUUGAUGUGCAAGUCAUGCCAGUCGUGCAGGCAAUUGUCCAGUCCAGAGCGGCUGCUGUCCUGCAUGUCUUGCGAUAAGGCCUAUCAUCUUUACUGCAUUGACCCCUUGGGAACUAACAAAGGAAAGAUGCAUUGGAAAUGCGAGAAGUGUCGUAAAUGUCAUAAAUGCGGGACAAGAACAACAUCUCAGUGGCACAUUGACUUCACGCUCUGUAAUUCAUGUUACUGCAAAGGGCACAAGUCGAGUGCAUGUCCACUGUGCCGCCAGCGGAAUGGUCAGCCCCAGAGUGUUCAGUGCGAUUCCUGUAGCAGGUGGAUCCACGCAGCUUGUGAUGGUAUCACGGCGGAUAUCUAUGACCGCCUUCAGCUAGAUUUAUCCCUGAUGUACGUGUGCAAAGUUUGCCGGGACGAGGUUGAGGUCCUCAAGAGAGAAUGCAGGAAAGAGCAGCUCAAAGCAGAGCCAGUUAAACUGGAGGAAGUAUCUGAAGCCACCCUAGUCUUGCUGUCAAUGAACAAGUACGAGGACCUUCCCCCGAUAGAGAGCUAUCUUGGUACUCGUCAGGCCCCCCCAGCACACACCACAACUUGGAUGACGACCGAACCCCCUCAGUGGUCCCGUCUGCGCAUGACUUACUCGUUCGAGUACUUCAUCAUGAAACAGCAUGGCAAGGUACUCCUAUAAGCAAGCAAGGCAGGGAAAUCUCAUGAAACAGCAUGACAAGGUGCUCCUAUGACCAAGCAAGGCAGGGAAAUUUCAUGAAACAGCAUGACAAGGUACUCCAAUGACCAAGCAAGGCAAGGAAAUUUCAUGAAACAGCAUGACAAGGUGCUCCUAUGACCAAGCAAGGCAAGGAAAUCUCAUGAAACAGCAUGGCUAGGUACUCCUAUGACCAAGCAAGGCAGGGAGAUCUCAUGAAACAGCAUGACAAGGUACUCCUAUGACCAAGCAAGGCAGGGAAAUCUCAUGAAACAGCAUGAGAUGGUGCUCCUAUGACCAAGCAAUGCAGGGAAAUCUCAUGAAACAGCAUGACAAGUGCUCCUAUGACCAAGCAAUGCAGGGAAAUAUAAUGAAACAGCAUGGCAAGGUGCUCCUAUGAUCAAGCAAGGCAGGGAAAUCUCAUGAAACAGCAUGGCUAGGUGCUCCUAUGACCAAGCAAGGCAGGGAAAUCUCAUGGCAUGAUCCUGUGGAACAAUCAAAGCGUGAUAGUUGUCUCCUUUAUUUCUUUUAUUUUUUUUUUACAGCUUACACACCAGCAGACCUUACUGCCUGGCCUUCUAGCUGUUGAGCUAAGGAACUUGUUUUGUUUAGUGCGGUUUAGUGAGCUCAAUCGUGUAGCUUGGUUUUACCAGUCUCCACCUGGGGCUCCUGACAAGUGCACUUAUAAGAGCUCGGCUCUCGCCUUUUUCAUAUAAUAUGGGUUUAAUCAGGUGAAUACUUAAUGAUUUGACGGUGACUCAUGAUGCGAUGUGAAUGCCUCCUGAUCUCCCUAUAUUGAAACCACAGGUUCAUCUACGGAAUGGUAAUGUAACAAUGUCUGUCUCUCCGUUUGUUAACUUACUGUUGGUCCAGCUAUCUGUACAUCUGUCUGUCCGUCCGUCUGUCGCUCUGUAUGUCUGUCUGUUAACUUAAUGUUGGUCCAGCUAUCUGUACAUCCGUUUGUCCGUCCGUCUGUUGUUCGGUAAGUCUGUCUGUUAACUUACUGUUGGUCCAGCUAUCUGUACAUCUGUCUGUCCGUCCGUCCGUCUGUCGCUCUGUAUGUCUGUUCAUUUACUGUUGGUCCAGCUAUCUUUACAUCUGUCUGUUAACUUACUGUUGGUUCAACUAUCUGCACGUCUGUCCGUCCGUUCGUCUGUCGCUCUUUAUGUCUGUCUGUUAACUUACUGUUGGUCCAGCUAGCUUCACAUCUGUCUGUCCGUCCGUCCGUCCGUCUGGUACUACGUAAGCAAUGCUGCAUAUUUAGAAAGUGGUAAAUGAUGGACACUUUAUUAUAUUCUAUAAUAGCAGACCAAUAUCUCCAAACAUAAAUGAGACUGUAAAUAUUCACAUUAUAUAACCAUUAUUUAACAAGUUAUUACCACAUCUUGUCUAACGAAAAGACUGCACAAAAGAUGCUAGAACUGAUAAUAGCGUAGAUGCAGCCUUUUCAAAGUGCAAAACGCACCAAACAUUUGAAUGAAAUUAUUCGAUUUUUCAUAUUAUAUAUAUAAAUAUAUACAUAUAUUUAAUUCAUUAUAAUUGUACAAUGUACCAUUGAACUGUACUAUAAAGCUAUAUUUAACGAACUUCUUUCGAAAGAGAAAUCAGUGAUAUUUUAAUGAAAACUUAAUUCUUUAUGUAGCUGGUCCACAGAAUCUGUUUCCUCUUUUUUAUUCUAAAACUGUAUUGAUUAGGACACGAUAUCUUAUAGGUUUUACAAAUAUCUCUAUAUUUUCACGGGAGCUUGUUUCGAUUGUUUGCAUUCUUUUGUUGAAGUAGUCUGACUUCAGCCAGCCUAAAAGCACUUGCAUUUAUUUUAAGCAAACUCCCUUAAAAUGCCAUUCUAGACCCAAAUAUGACAAAUAUAUUGUAUAAACUGAACUAUUUUUGAAAUGAUAUUUAGUAACAGAUUUUAAUACAAAUUUAUGGUUAUUCUGCUUUGAAGUAAGCUUGCAUGUUGUGGCUUCUUUUACAAUUCUUUUAGCGAAUGUAUAUUAUAGUGUUUUUGAUUAACCCAUGAAAUAGUUUUAGCGUUCCUAUUAAUACACUUUAUUGGUCCAGAAUCACGAUGAAAACUUCAAAUUAGUUUUAUUCGGUAUGUACACUUUGUUCCCAUGUUAAUAGAAUUUACUCCACUUGGAGGAUCUAGAAUCAAGGGAAAUCCAACUCCACAUUUUCCGUUCUUUGUUUGGACAGAUUCUGUCUGAAGCUAAGAACAAACACUCCAGCCGGUCUGGUCAUAAUGUUAACAUACACACAUAUAGAAACGCAUAUAGAGGCACACUUGCUAUGCAAGCGCCGGAAAUGUAAUACUUUAGCAAUAUUUAGAUCUGUAAAAUAGAAUUUCCUGUGCCGCAUAUUAUGAUAUAUACGAGUCAUUUUAAACGAACAAGGUAAUGUCAACAUGUGGAAAACAAGUAUUUGCGUGUUCAGAUUCCUGCCUUGUUUCCGGUUGUUAAUUGGUCGGCUGGUAGGGAAAACAACGCGCAAUUCUUGAUCUUUGUAAUUUGUUGCCAGAAAUUGUUUUCUUGUACGCGUUUGCCAUAUUUUAUUUUAUGUUCAAUAUUUUGCGAACUUACUCGUACUAUUUCCAAUAAAGGGAUUGUACUAUUGGCUCCAUCAAUUUUUUGAAGCACUUCAAAGGCUUUUGAACACGCCUCAUUCAUUUAAAGACGCCGUUUAAUUAAAGCCGUUUAAUUAAGACAAAAGGGGUUUUACGAUUUAGCACUUGAAGGUUAUUCGUAAGUUAUUGAAAAUUGCUGCAACAUGAGAAAAAAUGAAUCAACUCGUGUAGUUUCGGUUCUAGUAUUUUAUAUAGUUUACUGUGAUAUUUUUCCCUUGUUGUUAGAUUGUUGCAUAAGCGAUGUAAUUAUUACCCGUUUAUUCUUACUAUAACCGGUUAAUGUGAAUAAAUGUUGUAUAUCAAAA